ACUUCAAAUGGUGUUUUUCUUUUGUGGGACUCUGGUAGUUUGUCCUAAAGUUGAAGUGGUAGCAGCCGGCUGUUUCUCCUUCUCUGGUGUUAUAGAGCCGAGAACCUCCCACACCAGUGGUGUUCUGUUGCUCAAUAUGUGAGUGCGUGACGAAUGAAGGACCCAGGGGAAGUGUGACGGUUUGGCAAGGCCGACAACCGGAUGGUCCAAUAGUUGCUUUCAGCCUGAGGCGUGUUAUUGGAGGAGGUUUUUAGACAAACUUGAGAGAACCAUUUUAUUAAUUUUUCAAUGUUUUUUUCAUAUCUACAAUAUAUUUAUAGCUAUACUUUGUUAGAAUGUUGAUAAGAGACACGAAAAAAAAACAUUUUAAACUUAUAUUUGUUUUCCACAUUUGCCAUUGUAGCUUCAAGCCCGUGGUUAAAGACCUUCUGAUCUGGGGGUUUCCUUCAGGUUUCUGCCUUAAACCAAAACCAUCCUCUCCAUUGCUUCUGCAUACUUUAGUGAUCCAGCUGUUAAACAACUCACAUCUUUCAGUUCAGUUUCGUUUACUCGUGAGCAGAAGGAGGAAAUGUGUGUCGGCGCUCUCAGGCAGCAGAAGGUGAUUCAUACCAACACGAUCGCCCGGCCUGAAAACAGAUUGGAUGCGACAAUCACACUGUGUAAUAAUUGAAAUGAGGGAGUGAAAAUAUUCCUUCCUUCCUUUCUGCUUGAGUUAACAGCUGUGUGUGGACCUUAACUGACCUAUAAACUCCAUCAGAAGAAAAUAGCCUCCCCUCCUUUCCCUUGGCUUUCUCACUACCCCUCUUUCCUUGCUCCCUCUCUUCCACCAUGUUGGCUCCUGGUGGGCUCUUCUCCUCCCUGACUCCCCUCUCAUCUGUCCUGUGGGUUUUUGGCUCCCUUUUUACCCUCUUGGGUUUUGAUGCUGAAUGAACUUUUUGAACAUUUAACUUCACAGUGAACUCUUUCUUCUUGCGCUCCUGCUUACAUCCAACCCGGCGAUUCUCCAAACGCUUUACCGCCUCUGCUCUGUCACCUCAAACUCACAUCAAAGGAGUGUUUUUUCGAAGAGGAGUUCGUCCUCCUCUGCAUGCUGUCAGUGGAAGUCCUGCUUGUGGAAGUGCCCCAUUGGUUCUGUGGCUCUGUGGAUCUUGUGUUUGCUCUGAAAACACGGUGAUGGGCUUUGAGACUUUGCUCUUUCUGUAAACAACAACCCAACACAGCACAUAUCAUCGGUAAUAUUUUAUUGCUGCUCACCCAGAAGAUUCUGGAUACUUUUGUUGUGAAGAAACGUCCUAAGUGAUGAGUGCUUUGACAGGACGAUACGUCUCUCCUGAGAGACAGAAAUGCUGAUGGAGACCAUUUUCCUGUCCGAGCAGCUUACAUAAGUUUCACCUUGAUGGAGGUCAUCCUCAACCUGCUAACUUCUGAAACCUCUCUGCUUCAUACCCCCACCACUAUUGACCGACUGGAAGUGAGUGGGCUGGGCCAAACACCCCUCGCUGUUUCCUGUGGGACAGACGGUUCAUUCCCGGCGGGUGAGGACGGCGCCCCGGAUCCUCAGCGCACCAAGCAAGCCAUCGCCCAGCUGCAACAGAAAAUCCUCAAGCUCACGGAGCAGAUUAAGAUCGAGCAGACGGCCAGGGACGAUAAUGUCGCAGAAUACCUCAAACUGGCCAACAAUGCUGACAAACAGCAAAGCGCACGAAUCAAACAGGUGUUUGAGAAGAAAAAUCAAAAGUCUGCACAGACCAUCCAGCAGCUGCAAAGGAAACUGGAGCACUACCACCGGAAGCUACGGGAAGUGGAGCACAACGGUAUCCCACGCCAACCCAAGGAUGUCCUGCGGGACAUGCAGCAGGGCCUGAAGGACGUCGGGGCUAAAGUCAGUGGCUUCAGUGAAGGAGUGGUGGACAGCGUUAAGGGGGGCCUCUCCAGCUUCUCACAGGCCACUCACUCUGCCGCCGAAGCCGUCGUCUCCACGCUUAUUCGCAACAAAUAUGGCAGCGCUGAGAACAUCCCCUCUCUCAAAGACUCGCUGGAUGACCCCUCAGUGGAGGAGGGUGUGACGGUGGGCGGUGGACGUUCUCUGGGCAUCACUAGCCACCACUUCCAAUCUAGCCCCAAAUACGGUAGCGAAGAUGACUGUUCUAGUGCCACGUCUGGUUCAGUUGGGGCCAACAGCACCACGGGGGCACCUGGGGGCCCCCCCAGUUCCAAGGGUAACACACUGGAGAGGAGCCAGGGCUCUAGCCUGGACGUGCUGCUACAGGAAAUGCAAGAACUGAGGGAGGGCCAGGCGAGGUUAGAGGAGAGCCUGGAGAGUCUGAAGAGCCACUAUCAGAAAGACUACACAGUGGUUAUGCAAGCGCUGCAAGAGGAACGCUUCAGGUGUGAGCGUCUGGAGGAGCAGCUGAACGACCUGACAGAACUUCACCAGAACGAGAUCCUGAACCUCAAACAGGAGCUGGCCAGCAUGGAGGAGAAGAUCGCCUACCAGUCGUAUGAGAGAGCCAGAGACAUCCAGGAAGCAUUAGAAGCGUGUCAGACCAGGAUCUCCAAGAUGGAGCUCCAGCAGCAGCAACAGCAGGUCGUCCAGUUGGAGGGGCUGGAAAAUGCCACGGCGCGAACCCUCCUGGGAAAACUUAUCAAUGUGCUGCUGGCUCUCAUGGCUGUCCUUCUGGUCUUUGUCUCAACUGUGGCCAACUGCGUGGUCCCCCUGAUGAAGACUCGCUCCCGCUCUCUCUCCACCCUCCUCCUCAUCCUCCUGCUGGCCUUCCUGUGGAGAAACUGGGAUGCUCUCUCGGGGUACACGCACCGAGCUCUGCAGCCCCCGGGGUGACCGGAUUGACGCCAGCACGUGUUGCUUUGGUGUCGCCGGGUGAUAACGCUGUUGUAGCCACGCAUGGAGAGGGUUGAGGACCACAGCUGCAUUAGGAUGACUGUGUGGCCAUGCACGCCGAGCACAUUCCGGAUGAAGCCCGGAAUAAAGAGGCAAAAAAAUGGAGCAAAGUUUAAAAAAAAAAAAACUCAUUUGGGGAAGGAAAAGACUGUUUACAUUUUGGAAAAUGAUGUGUUAUUCCGCACCGGAUGCAGCAUUUUACUGUUUUUAUCCAUAGAGUUUAAUCAAUUGUAAUGUUGUUUCUAAUAUUAUAUUUUCAAUGUUAUUUUAUUCAGUACCAUGUAGCAUUAUGCUCCUCUGUGGAGGGGAGGUUAGUCAGGAAACUGGGCCGGUGACUCACCCCAAAGGUCCGGUCUAAUUUUAGAGACCUGCAAAUGUGAGAAUGGGGUUGAUUGCUUUUCAGAAGAGAACUUUUAUCUUUUUUUAUGACUGCUAGAUUGAACCUUUGCUUAAAAUCUGCAUGGGAGGUGCUUCUUUUCUUGCUGUGAUGAAUUUGAAGGACUGAUGGUUACGUUUGUCUCGAUGACUAGGGAUGUUCUUCUUUAGCAUUUGUAACAGCAGAUCAGCUGCUUUUAAUGAUCUCAUGUUCAAAAGUAAAAAAAAAACUAAAAUAAUAAACACCAGUGACAUGCUGCUCACCACAAAAACAACUGCACAUGAAGACUGAACAUCUGGUCAUCGUCAAGGAUCUGCCAUAUUUGAAACGUUUACAAUGCUGCAUGUUGUGGUUAAGAAAAUUACACCCAAACCAGUUUUGCUUUUAAAAGCAGCGACAAAGCGCCGUUGUCCAUGUAAAAUCAAUUUGCCUGGAUAAUUGCCUCCCGACCGCCAUAUUUGAUGUGAUCCGUUUAGACCACUGGUGCUCGUCCAGCUCUGCCUCGGCGGGAUCACGCUGCUGCUUCAUAUCUACAGUACGAAUCGUCUCCACUGCCAUGCAAAUACACACUGCCUGUAACGUGAUAGUGCACUAACACAUUGUCUCUUCAUGUUAGAGCUCCCUUCGUUGCCCCCCCCCCCCCCCCCACCCACCCACCCACACACACAUACACAUACACAAGCACUUAUCUGAAGGUGUCAUCACCCAGUGCCAAACUUGAGGUAAAACAGGGAUUUGGGAGCAAACGGAGAGGGCCGACUCCUUUUCCACAUUCUUCAUGAAUGAAUGUUUUUUAGGCCGUGAAGGAUGCGUGUUGUUGGGAGAUGUAGCUUCUGCAAUAGAAGAAAGCUGUUUGCCGUCUGAAUGUGGCUUCAGUCCAGAUGUUCAGUUGUUCUGCACUUUGCCCUGUUGGGUCUCUGACUUGGCAGCAAACAGCCUUUCUCAUACAUUAGUUUUUUCUAGUUUCCAUCCAGUCGAAGGCAUUCUGGGAUGUCCUAGCGCGCUGAUUAUGCAGCCCGUGUCUCAUGCCCAGGCGCUGAUUGAUGGCUUGAUUAUUUAAACUGUACAGCUGCACUUUAGCUCAGCGCGUGGUUGCACAGGUCAGACUGAGGCUGACCUCCGUGAGAGGCUGUAGACGUUGACACUUCAUCAGGAGGAGGUGACUCAGGUCAAGAUCGCCAACAUCUCUGUCCAAAACAAAUGAAGAGGACAUUAAAAUGGGAGUAGAGGCAGCUCCCCACAAAAAGCCCAAAACUGGAUUUAAUUAUUGAUCUGUUUCUGACCUUUAACCUUGCAUGCCCUUUCAGUAACACCUGUAAUGUAGGGUUGUGUGCUAAACCACUUCAGUGCCUUCUGAUGUCCUUUUCUAAGUGUGGAAUAAAUAAAGUUCAUUCCCAACUAA